GCGCUGUGCGUCGCCAUGCUCGGGCUCGGCUGCGCGGUGGAGGUGCGCGCGCUGGGCGGCCACGUGCGCCGGCCGCUGGGGGUCCUGCUCGCGCUGCUCGGCCAGUUCGUGCUCAUGCCGCUGGUGGCCUUCGCGCUCGCGCUCGCCUUCUCGCUGGACGCCGUGGCGGCGGUGGCCGUGCUCUUGUGCGGCUGCUGUCCCGGAGGGAACCUGUCCAACGUGCUGUCUCUGCUGGCGGACGGGGACAUGAGCCUCAGUGUCAUCAUGACCGUGUCGUCCACGCUGCUGGCGCUCGUGCUCAUGCCGCUCUGCGUGUGGCUCUACAGCCGUGCGUGGAUCGACACGCCCGUGGUGCAGCUCGUGCCGUUCGGGGCCAUCGUCCUCACGCUCUGCAGCACACUGGUCCCCAUCGGCCUGGGCGUGGCCCUCCGAUACAAGCGCCCACGCGCCGCUGACAUCAUUCUCAAGGUGUCGCUGUGGUCGCUGCUGCUCACGCUGCUGCUGCUCUUCUCCGCGACCGCCGCCAUGCUCGGGCCCGAACUGCUCGCCCGGAUCCCGCCCUCCGUGUACCUGGUUGCGCUGCUCAUGCCGCUGUGCGGCUUCGCCGCCGGCUACGCCCUCGGCGCGUUCUUCGACCUCGCCCCCAGCGGCCGCAGGGCCGUCUCCUUGGAAACGGGCUGCCAGAACGUGCAGCUGUGCACGGCCAUCCUGAAGGUGGCGUUCCCUCCGCAGCUCGUCGGCGGUCUCUACAUGCUGCCGCUGCUCUACGCGCUCUUCCAGGCGGCCGAGGCAGGUCUCCUCAUCCUGGCCUACAGAACGUACCGGAAGGAGGUGCUCCGCAAGCCGGAGCCGUGCAGGGGGGGCGGGGGCGGCGGCGGCGGCGGCGACGACGGCGACGACGACUCGAGCGUCGCCUACAAGACUCUGAAGGAGGACGAGAGCGCCUUCGACGCCGCAUACGGCUCGGUGAGCGAAGAGCAGGUGCGUGCCUAGCGGGCCGCAUUCCCAUCAUGCACGCGUGCUCCCAUGAUGCACCGCGCCCGCGUACGCCUUCAGCUUUCACCAACACGUGGGCGUCGCCCUUUCAGCGGUCACAUGAGCGAACUGCUGCAGAGAAGAGGAACGUGUGGGCAAACGCGCCCGCUGUCGCCCGCCGUCAAUAUCGCCUCAUCAUUCACACGCUCAUAUUGGAGGGUCUAGUGGACACGCCCCCUGGGAGG